AUGUCGUCUUCGUUCGAACCUUCGCUUUCGACGAGUGGUAUGCGACCGCCACUCGCAACAGCAGACGCACCAUCGAUGGCAGACACGCUACCUACCAUCAAUUUUGGAUUCGAGGAUUUGCGUAACCGCAUGGCUCAGUUCACCGCUCGCUUCGAUGCUUUCAUUGAGCGAGGUCGGAAACAAGUGCUAGAAGAGCGAAACCAAUUCAGAAUAGGAUUGGCAGAGUUACAAGAGGAUCAGCGCAUGCGACAAAGAGAUAUUGAGAUCAUUAAUCUCAAGGCCCAGACGCACGAACAGACCCUCCAGAAAGAAGCGGCUGAGGCAGCCGAAAUGCACGCUGCUAUCUCGUCCGUCGCAUUAGAACGCGACUCUCGUCUGGCGAAGCGCGACCGUCUGAGGCAACAAAUUGAAGAAACUCAGAAUGCCAUCAACCAGAAAUUAGAAGCCCAGAAGGCUCAUGCCCGGCAUCUAGAUGCACAAUCCCGAUUGAACUUUCCAGAAUUAGAAUUCUGGCAGGAUUAUCUAUGUUUGCGAAUCGAAGGUGCCGGACGAGAAGAUCGGUUGAAAUUCGUCUACAGUCACCUUCUGGAGAAAGAUUGGGACACAGAGGCGUGGUUCGAACUAGGAACCGCCAGUCGCGAUUACGAAGUCUUCCAUACGCGGCCGAAAGUGGAUAGAGAAGCUCUGGAGCGGGAAGUCGACCUCUUGAACGAGGACCGUGAUUUUGGGGCUUUUCUGAAACGGAUGCGCAGGCUACUUGUCGAAUCGCUCAAGUAG